AUGUCUACUAAGGUCAGCAAUGCCACGGCAGAUAUUAAACGGACGGACCAGCCUGUGUACCAGAGAAAACGUUCGGCUUCUAAGACACAAAGCAAUUACAAUUCUGUCAAUAAUGCCUUAUAUUCGGGAUCGCUUUCAAAUGAGCCUGAAUUACAUGAUAGUGAUCCACCGCCUCCACGCUUGCGAAAAUACGCUCACGUUGUGAAGCUUGUGUCUCCUGACCAGUCACCGUCAGAAUUUGUCAAAAUCUUGAAUGUUCCCCUCGCGCCAGAGUCUCUCAAGAUUGGCCGUCAGAAUGUGCCCAAGGUCACAAACAAGAUAACAGACGGGUACUUUGACUCGCGUGUUCUUUCUAGAAAUCACGCUGAGCUGUUCAUCAGAGAUAACAAGCUGUACAUUAGAGAUUUAAAGUCGUCCAAUGGGACAUUCAUUAACGAUGAGAAACUGGAGCCACACAAAGAAUAUGAGCUGAAAUUAGGCGACAAGUUAGACCUAGGGACGACACUAGAGUCUCAAGUGGCGCACAAGAAGAUUACAUGCAAGGUGGUGGAAUUGACAUACAUGAGUCUAGAGGAUUAUGAAAAUGUCAUAAGCCAAACUUUGAGUGAAGGCAAUCAAGAAAGCAAGAAACUGGAGCUAUUCAACAGCUCAUUGGAUGCCCUGAUUUUUGGCGAUGUAAUAGAGGAGCAAGAGGAUUUAGUGCUAGAAUCACUAAUGGAUGAAUUUUCCCAUGUUGAAGAGAAAGAGACAACGAAGAAGAAAGAGGAGGACAAAAUUGUGACUAACUUGAAUAUCAGGCCGUCAGCCAAGCUCGAUGAUGUGGUACGAAAACUCAUUAUAUCAAUCAAUAACGAGUACAUACAACAGCAGAGGCUUCGAGAGAUUUCAAAGUUCAUGAAGAAUUAUACACAAUAUACACCAAAAGCGUUUCUCCUGGGACAAAGUGACUCCGAUGAGCGUGUCAAGAUCUUAGAAGAGGAGUUGAUAGGCCUCCGAGAGCAACUAGCAGUCGCUCGUGCCGGUGAGAUGAAUGCAGCCGAAGCGAUUAAGGAGAAAGAGGAAGCUCAUUCCGAAGUGCUGAAAGAGUUGGAAAACGUUAAGUCCAAACUCGGCUCGGCUCUAGACGAAUUAGAGAACGAGAAAACUCUGAAGGUGCAGGCGCAAAAGGAGGUUUACUCUUUAGGACUCAAGGUGGAAGAACUGACGCGCAAAUUAGAAUGCUCCGAAGAGGUGUCUCUGCCGCCGCCUGAGCCUUCGUCUGAAGCUGAGCCGCUAAAAGUUGAGGACGAAAAACAUAACCCGGAACCCGAUGAUCUAGAGAUAAAAGUCGAAAAGCCGCUUACCGCGCAACGUCAGUUCCAUACUAUUCCAAUAUUUGCUGCUUCUACAAUGUUGAUCGCCAUGGUUAUUGCAUUAUUAUUCAAGUAUGAUCCGAACAUCGUUCGGUGGAUUCCAAAAUAA